AUGGAUUCAAACAGCACUAUGGACGAUGUAGGUGACGAGAGCCACGGGAUUACAGUUGGCUCUGGCUCUCAAGGCCAACCGGAGGCGGAACCCUUGCUCAUUUCGGCGCAACACGAGAUGUUGGCGGAUGAGCCAUCGAGGGCGAUUAAGCUGGAUGAUCGGAUGAAGACCGUGGGCAGAACAUGGCUGCUAGCUGCGGGACCGAGCAUUCUCGUGUGUCUCUUUGCCAUUGAUUUCGACAUGCUCUUCCUGUCGACCAACUACAGCAGGCGUAUCGCCUCGGACCUCCACGAGCUAGAUAACGCUGUGUGGGUUAUUCUUGUCGGUUCGAUUAUGGAAACCGCCAGUAACCCGUUUUAUUCCAGCGUUGCCGAGUUGCUGGGACGCCGGCGAGCUGCACUACUAGCGGCAUUCCUGACAAUGCUUGGCUUUCUGUUCUGCUCGUUGAGUGGCCAACUUUGGCAUCUCAUCCUCGCAAGGCUCGUUGUGGGCUCAGGCUGCGCCGGUUUUCCACUCCUCGUGGCUAUCAUGCUGACUGAUACUGUCCCGUUACGAGAUUUUGCCCUUUGGCGUAGCUUGAUUGUCUGCGCCCAAGCUGUGGGCGAUUUGACUGGUGGCCCAGCGGGGUCCACCCUCGCCGAAAAACUCGGCUGGCAUGUGUAA